AUGGAUGCCGGUGAUUUUGAUGACGCUGAUAUCAGAGCAGCUAUUGUAGCCUCGCUCAGGGAUCUACAGUCGCCAGGGAGGACGACCGACACGAGCCAGCAAGACGUCGUUGAUUUAACCGCUGAUACUGAUACUGAAAGUGAAGACGAUGACGGCAAGCCGGCUGGGCUUGUUCCCAUGUCCAAAUCUAAUAUUGGUUCAGAGACGGAUGGAGAUGACGAUGAUCUGAAGAGGGCAAUCGAGUUGUCUUUGCAGGAUGCUGAUGGCGAAGGGGAAGAGCAAGAAGAAAUCAAGCAGCAUGGCGAUCCAGAGAUCCGUCAGGUUGAUUCCGCCCCUUCGGCUGGGCUGGAGAAAGGGCCUACUCCCUUGGGGCUUCUAGUUCUCGAUCGAAAACAGAUGGAACAAGAACGUCUCGCGCGUGUUGCGAAGAGGAAGGCUGAACGGAGCAUCUCUCCGCCAUCUGUUGGACGUUCAAAGCUUCAGAAAUCAGAAACCACUCAGAAAGAGGACGACGUAUCAGUCCGGCCAGUGCCAGGUGGUAAGCAAGCCACUCCGCUGCCAGGCAGCCAGCCGCCGAGGACGCCGGGGAUUGUGUUCCCCCAAGGCGUGGUGAAAAAGACAUGGGCGAAUGGGUGCCCGAGGAUUGGAGAUGAUAUUACGAUCGAGGAGGUUUUCCAAAGAUCCGACCUCGAGCUCGCCGUCCUCAGCUCCUUCAUCUGGGAUAUGGACUGGGUUUUUUCGAAGCUGGACACCAGCCGGACUCGGUUCAUCCUGAUGAUGCAAGCCAAAGAAGAAGCUACAAGACAACAAUAUCUAGCAGAAACAGCCGAAAUGAGGAACAUCAGACUUUGUUUCCCGCCUAUGGACGGCCAGGUUAACUGCAUGCACUCGAAACUCAUGAUCCUCUUCCAUCCAGACUAUGUUCGAUUAGUAGUCCCAAGUGCAAACCUGGUGCCAUUCGACUGGGGGGAGAACCGCGGGGUUAUGGAGAAUAUGGUGUUCUUGAUUGAUCUACCGAAACGAAGCGGCGAGCCAGCUUCGCCCAAGACGCCUUUCUACGACGACCUGGUCUACUUUCUCCAAGCGACUACGCUCAACGCCAACAUCAUCGCCAAACUCGAAGGGUUUGACUUUGGCGAAACACAGAAUCUUGGCUUUGUUCAUACAAUCGGCGGAACCCAUACGGGCGACUCAUGGCGACGAACGGGAUACUGCGGCCUCGGCCGGGCAGUGAGGUCCCUCGGACUGCAGACGAGCCAACCUUUGAACAUUGAUUUCGUGGCAUCUUCCAUCGGCUCCUUGACAGACCAAUUCUUGCGAUCCAUCUACCGCGCCGCACAGGCUGACGACUCAGGCUCCGACUUCACCGAGCUCAAACCAAAGACAGAAGACACGGAAUGGACGCACCGCUUCCGCAUCUUCUACCCCUCGCACGAGACAGUCCAGGCCUCCAAGGGCGGGGAUCCCAGCGCCGGCACGAUCUGCUUCCAGGCACAUUGGUACGAGGGGGCCAAGUUCCCGCGCCACGUCCUACGAGAUUGUAUCAGUCGACGCCCGAUGGUACUCAUGCAUAAUAAGAUUCUCUUUGCUCGGCUCGACGAAGCCGUCACUACAAAGCACGGGCCUGUAAAUGCAUGGGCGUAUAUUGGGAGUGCCAACAUCUCGGAAAGUGCAUGGGGCCGCCUCGUCUCGGACCGAAGCACGAAACAACCGAAACUCAACUGUCGGAAUUGGGAGUGUGGGGUUCUUGUGCCUGUUGGAAAGGAAACCCCUGCCCGAGAUACUCAAACGAUCGAUACGCCUGCAGAUGAUCUGGUGGGAGUGUUUGAGGGGACGGUGCCCGUGCCGAUGGUUAUUCCUGGAAGAAGAUUCGAGGGAGGGAUUCGGCCUUGGUUUCAGCGGUAG